CGUUUUCUCAGUUUGUUCAUCUCUCGCAAACCGAACGGACGUAUGUGCGCAACGUACGUGCCCGCGUCGAAUUGUUUUGUUUUAAAUUCUAACAGAUAAACCAUGUUAGCAUUGAAGAAAGCGAACGAAUAAAUUGCGAACCAACCAAUCAAGCUCCCGUAAGCGACAGCGAGUUUUUGCAGAAAAACGUCCGCUUUAUCACGCUGGAAUAACGUGCGAGCUUUAUACGCUGACCGUCGUGUCGUGUUUUUUGCCUGUUUGAAACGUUACUGGAAAGAAUUCCUGGAAGGUGCGCUGCGAGGAAGCACACUACGCUGUGUCUGUUACUCAGUGUGUGUGCGUGCGUGCGUGUGUGUGCCCGCUCCCGUGCGUAUGCGCUUGUGUGAGGCGCGUAAAAGUGAUCUGAUCUUUCAUGGUUGAGCAACAAAAAAAAUAGUGUAUACUCCAGCACAGCUGGAAUAAAGUUGGAAAAAAUCCAUUCAACCGGGUGAAAGUUCCCGAAGAUCGAUUCCCCCACAAUUUGGGCUUUUUUAGGUGCGUGUGAGCGCGUGUGUGUGUGUGUGCAUAUUUAACGCUGUGUGUGCGUGUGCAUGGUGCGGUCGAUUUUGCCGUAAAAUAAAAAUUGAUCUGUGCCUCGAAACAAAAAUAUCGAAUCGGAGCAACCAUCGAUAGUAGGCGCUUGUUUGAUUCGCUUGAUAUUUUAAUCACACAGCUAAAGAUAGUUCCAGUUGCUGACACCAGGCUGGUCGACGAUUCGUGUGCAGAAAGGAUCCUCGCGCCACAGUCAAAAUGAAUAAAUCCUGUGCCCGGUGCCAGAAGGUGGUCUACCCGAUCGAGGAGCUGAAAUGUUUGGACAAGACCUGGCACAAGACGUGCUUCAAAUGUCACGAGUGUGGCAUGACGCUGAACAUGAAGACGUACAAAGGAUUCAACAAACUGCCGUACUGUGAAGCACAUAUUCCUAAAGCCAAAGCUACGACGAUCGCGGAGACACCGGAGUUCAAGCGAAUCGCGGAAAAUACCAAAAUCCAAUCGAACGUCAAAUAUCAUGCGGACUUUGAGAAGCUGAAAGGAAAAGUGACGCAGGUUGCUGACGAUCCGGAAACGCUACGAAUCAAGCAAAACACGAAAAAUAUCUCCAACGUUGCCUACCAUGGCGAUCUGCAGAAGAAGGCCGCCAUGGAACGGCAGCGAGAGUGCACAGAAAUCAUCGACAGUAAAGACAACAACGAUCUAGAAUCGGAGUACUUUUCCGAGCAGCUGGCCGCAGAGUCGCUACCCCAUUAUCAGCCUCCACCACCGCCACCGGUCGUGGCACCGUCCGCAUCCGGUCCAACAUCACAACAGGUCAACAACAAUGGUGGCAUGGCUGUCGGACCAACCAACACCACAUCCCAGCAGGCCCAGAUCAUCUCCACCGCCAACAUUACCAAACACAACCAGGCCAACAGCUAUCAAGCAUCGCUUCAGCAGCAGCAGCAGCAACAACAUCAGCAGUAUCAGCAGCUGAACAAUAACAAGACAGGUGGCUAUUCACAUCAGCAACAACAACAACAACAACAGGGAGGAUAUCCUGCCGGUGCAGCAUAUCAUCAGCAUGCCACCAAUAAUGGUGCCGGCGGUUCGGUCGGUAAUGCUGAGCAUGUACGCCACUCGGUGCUUCAGAACUCAGCCACACCUUCUGGUGGAGGUGGUGGAGGUGCGGCAACGCAGAAGUACUACGAUCCGUAUGAUAACUAUGCCCGCCCCAACCCGACCGCCAACCAGGUGAACAACAAUGGUACUGCUGGUGCACAUAUGGGCAACAACAAUCAUCACUAUCAUCACAGUCAGCAACAGCAGCAACAGCAGCAGCAGCAACAGCAACAACAUUUACACCACCAUCAGCAACACCACGGUGGCAUGAUGGAUCAGCAACGUGCGAAUGGAUCAGCGGCUGUAUAUCAUCAGCAGCAACAACAACAGCAACAUCUGCACCAUGGUCAAACGAACAAUCAUCAUCAUCACCAUCAGCAAUCGGUUGAUCCAUAUGCACAACAACAGCAGCAGCAGCAGCAACAACGCUACAGUGCCAACAGUAACAGUCAGUACGGUGGAGCAAUGCACGCUCAGCAACAACAUAUGUAUCAAUACAACAACGGUAACAUGAACAACGGUGCAGCAUCAGCAGCAGCUGCAGCAACAGCAACCGGUGCCGGAAUUGGUAAAAUUGCUGACUACGAUCCACUGACGGAUGGUCCACGGAAUGUACCACAGCCGAACCGUCAAAGUGCAACGCUGAUUUACAGCUCCGGUAACAUGUCCUCGAACAACAAUCGACGAAUCGGUUCGGUUAACGACAUCGAUCCGGUUAAUGGUUACUAUGGCUCGGUAGCGGACAACUCGCAGGCGGCUCUAUAUCAGCAACAGCAGCAGCAGCAGCUUUAUCAACAACAGCAACAGCAACAUCGGCAAUCCCAGCAACAGCAGCCACAGUACAUUCAACCGCCCCAACAAUACGCUGCACCCGCAUCAAAUGCUACGGGCAAAUCGAUGAGCAAAGUGCGCGUUUACCGAGCCCUGUACGACUACGAGGCGCAGGAUAGUGAUGAGGUUGGUUUCAGCGAGGGUGACCUGAUCAUUGAGGUGAACUCGAUCGAUGCUGGCUGGAUGACGGGACGCGUCGAACGCACGGGCCUUACCGGCAUGCUGCCGGCGAACUAUGUAGAGCUGAUGAAAAUAUAAACACAACCCCCCAUCACCUUACUACAUCCACAAAGCGGUGCUGUGGAAGUGUGCGGUGCAUGUUCGUUCCUUCGAUCGACAAUAUAUGAUCGGGACGGGUCGGAAAAAUCAAACCCAGCAGUGCCGAUCACCUUUUGACCUUUUUUUCCACCCCAAAAACACUUGUACAACGGUGCUUGAUUAAAUCUUUCUUUAACCCGUCAAACAUUUCUUUUCGCCCUUAACAUGCCGACAUUUGUCACAGUGAAGCAGCGUUAGCAGUUAAUUGAACACUAUCCACAUAAGAGCGUGUUUCGUAGUAAACGGAAGUGAAAUAUGUUAAACGUCACUCGUGCAAACGAAGAAGAACGUAUUUGGGCAAACUGCUUUUACGCCUAUCCUUCCCCGGAAAGCGCCCGGUAGCGUUGGUUUUAAUUUAAUUUCUUUUUUGUUAUCUUUUUUUAGUUAUCAUUAUUAUUAAUCUUAUUAAAAUAAUUAUUAUUUUAAUUGCUAUUAUUACCGAUCUACUACAAUAUUACCCACCCGCGUCCUGGGUACUAUACGUACGUAGCAGUGCUUCUAUCCUUGUGCGCUGUUAUCUGUAAAGAGAUAAGGGGCAAAAAACGGCAAAUAUGAGUUGAAAAUUUGGAAUACAUACAUCAUAUAAUGUAUGCGAGAUACAGAAACGUUUGUUUUCUUUUCUCGAUACGUUUGAGCUAUGCUAACAGGAAGAACAUAAAAUACUACUUGAGGAGAAGGGUGCUGCCGUUUAAUAUAAUACAAUGUGCUAAUAUUAAACAACAGAACAGUAACCGUGGAUAGUGUGUAAAACACGUACGCAAUGUCAAGGGAUGUUAGUGAACCAAUGCUAACGCGAACGGGGAACAAGAAGUUUUUGUACAAGCAAUUACUCGUUUGAAUGUUGAACCUGGUAUUAUGCGAGUGUCGUCCUGUCGGUGCAGUAGGGACAUAAAACGCGUACUGUAAUAUUUUUUUGUAUUUAAAACACCACUUUUUAACUCAACCUUUCAAACGGCUUAGUGUGACCUACCGAGAAGUACUAAGUUAGUGAGAGUAGAGAAUGUGCUCUUCUUGGAGCAUCCCUGGUAGCUUACUUCCAGAAUUUGAUACGAUUCGUGCCUAAUAGAUAGAUUAUGCGUUAAAAAUCGUUUUUCGUUUUCUGUUUCAUGUAUAGCCAAACACAGCAAGUAAUCUGGAUAGGCAAAACAGAUUAGUUUAAAAAUACUAAGAACAAAAAAACAGAUGUAUACAAGUAACAGUUUAGCGAAUAAUCAAGUUAUAGUGGAAGAAUAAAGGAAACACAUACAACAUAAUAUUACCAUUUUCAACCCUCAUAAACAAACUUGAUUGCAAGAACAGUGUCUCCUGUGAACCUUCAAAUCAAUUGUAGAGAGAGAAAGAGCUUCCAAUGAGUCCAAUUUGUUUGUUUGUUUGUUUUCAUUUCUACUAUAAGCUCGAUUAGUGAAGAUGAAACGGAGUAGAUAGAUAUCAACAAACCACAUUGCGCCUUAGAGUAUAGAAGAAUCGCCUCACAACCGCCCUCUACCAUACGUGCUUUACCUUUUUGUAUGUUGGUACUAAUCAUCGUACAGGAACGUAACAAUUAUUCUACAAAACUAUUUCGAACCUAAUAUAAAACCCUUUUUCUAAUCUACACUUAACGACACAACAAAAUCAGUGGGAACGAUGUGUUGAAAUGGAUCCUCUACCCCCGUACCCUAUCCCCUUACAAUGUACUAUUUGUUAAAAGAAAAUAAACGUUAAGAAAAAUGUUAUACAGUUAGCAAAAGGUGCGAAAAAUGUACGUUUCGGGGAUUGUUUUUUGGUAAUGGUAGUGAAAAAGGAACAAAAAAAAAUUGGACCAGCAUUACAUAAUGGAAUCAUUGCCGCUGUAGGAAAAUGGUAGAAUAAAGCAUGAACUCAAGACGA